GGUGGGCGGAGGAAGUAGGACAGGGAAAGUGUGCUGUGCUGCAGCCCUGAACAAACACUCACACACAGGGCAAUGAACUGGGAGACGAGAUUUGUCAGUAACACGGACAUUUUAUACUGGCAAGGGAGCAGGGCUCACUGUCAUUUUGCACACAAAUGUCCUAGAAUGGACACCGUAUGCUGCAUUGGAUCAGACAGCGCCCCCAAGGCAGGUGCUUGGAAUUAGCCAGUGGCGUUGAAAUAGAUAGCGCGCAGGCUUGUGCCAGAGGUCGUGUUGUACAUUGGAUCGCGUGUACCCUGCUGCUGGGCAUUUUGGUAUGAUCUCGUUCCUUGCCUUCUGGGAAGUGGAGAAUAUAAAAGAGCACUUGUCUACAACCAGAUCGCCUGUGUCUGACUUUGCGGCCAAUGCUGGGAGACGGUGAUCUCAUUGCACACAACCUGGCUUUGUCACACAAUAACAUGAAUGGGGCAUGAGCAGUGUCAUUGACAGAACAGUCUCCCUCAAUGGCCAAUCUGAUGACUGACAGCUUGUGAUCUGUUCCCCCUGUCGGUAAGAGAAGGGUGAAUGUCCUGGCGUCUGCUCCUGUCAUCACACCCCAUCAUGUUGCUCCUUCCCUUUCUGGAUCAGAAUCCACACACCCUUCCCAUUGUUUAGGGCCACACAGAGGAUUCUGCACUGACCCCAGCUUGUCCUGUGCCCCAGCUUGUCCUGUCCAUGACUUGGUGCUGAGAAGAGACCAAACACAACAUGUGGGUGAAUCCAGAGGAAGUGUUACUGGCCAAUGCCCUGUGGGUGACAGAGAGGGCCAAUCCCUAUUUCAUCCUGCAGAGGAGGAAGGGACAUGGUACUAAAGGAAGUGGGGGACUGGCAGGGCUGCUUGUGGGAACACUGGAUGUUGUUUUGGAUUCUAGCGCAAGAGUUGCACCUUAUCGCAUCCUUUAUCAGACACCCGACUCUCUGGUAUAUUGGACCAUUGCGUGUGGAGGCUGUCGAAGGGAGGUAACAGAGCACUGGGAGUGGCUGGAGGUUAAUCUGUUGCAGACCCUCUCUAUAUUUGAAAAUGAAAAUGACAUCACGACAUUCGUGAAAGGAAAAAUUCAGGGUAUCAUUGCAGAGUAUAAUAAAAUAAAUGGUAUAAAAGAAGAUGACGACACAGACAAGUUUAAGGAGGCGAUUGUCAAGUUUCACAAGCUGUUUGGGAUGCCGGAGGAGGAGAAGUUAGUGAACUAUUACUCAUGCAGCUAUUGGAAAGGCAGGGUUCCUCGACAAGGAUGGAUGUAUCUUAGUAUCAACCACCUUUGUUUCUACUCCUUUCUGCUGGGGAAAGAAGCAAAACUGGUGAUCCGAUGGGUUGAUAUAACACAGCUGGAAAAGACGGCCACUCUUCUGCUCCCUGACAUGAUUAAAGUCAAUACACGCUCCAGUGAACAUUUCUUCUCUGUGUUUCUCAACAUUGGCGAGACGUUCAAACUGAUGGAGCAGCUGGCCAAUAUAGCCAUGAGACAGCUCCUUGAUAAUGAAGGCUUUGAGCAGGACAGAUCCCUUCCCAAACUGAAAAAGAAGUCACCAAAAAAGGUGUCUGCCUUAAAACGUGAUUUGGAUGCCAGAGCAAAAAGUGAGAGGUACAGGGCACUGUUCCGCCUACCAAAAGAUGAGAAGCUGGACGGACACACUGACUGCACACUGUGGACACCAUUUAGUAAGAGGCACAUUCUGGGGCAGAUGUUUGUUUCUACAAAUUAUAUUUGCUUCACUAGCAAGGAGGAGAACUUGUGCAGCCUGAUCAUUCCAUUACGAGAGGUGACAAUUGUAGAAAAGGCUGACAGCUCCAGUGUGUUGCCAAGCCCACUUUCUAUUAGUACUAGAAACAGAAUGACUUUCCUGUUUGCCAACCUAAAGGACAGAGACUUUCUUGUGCAGCGGAUAUCGGAUUUCCUGCAGCAGACUACUUUAAAAAUGUAUUUUGAUAAAGACAUUUCUGGAAGUGACAACAGCCUAGAUGAAGAGGUUUACACCAGGGCCAGCGUAUUUGUGUCCUGCAGCCCUAAGCAAAGAGUCGGCAGUGAACCAGAUGGCGAGCGACAAUUCAACCUAAACUGCAACAGUGCACCAACUGCCACACAAACACUAAUGACCAUGUAUCGCAGGAGGUCACCAGAAGAGUUCAACCCUAAACUGGCCAAGGAGUUUUUGAAGGAACAAGCCUGGAAAACACACUUUACAGAAUAUGGGCAAGGUGUGUGUAUGUAUCGCACAGAGAAAACAAGGGACCUUGUUCUGAAGGGCAUCCCAGAGAUUAUGCGAGGGGAGCUGUGGCUGCUGUUUUCAGGAGCAAUAAAUGAGAUGGCCACACACCCUGGGUAUUAUGAAGAGCUGGUUGAGAAGUCCAUGGGUAAAUAUAAUCUUGCUACGGAGGAAAUCGAACGAGACUUGCACCGUUCUCUCCCAGAGCAUCCUGCAUUUCAAAAUGAAAUAGGGAUUUCCGCACUUCGGCGAGUGCUCACUGCUUAUGCCUUCAGAAAUCCAAACAUUGGUUACUGCCAAGCUAUGAAUAUAGUGACAUCGGUUCUCCUUCUGUAUGCCAAAGAAGAGGAAGCCUUUUGGUUACUUGUAGCUCUGUGUGAACGGAUGCUUCCUGAUUACUAUAACACCAGGGUGGUUGGAGCUCUUGUAGACCAAGGAGUCUUUGAGGAGUUGGCCAGGGAUUAUGUGCCACAGUUGUAUGAUUGCAUGCAGGACCUGGGUGUGAUCUCCACCAUCUCCCUCUCAUGGUUCCUCACCCUGUUCCUCAGUGUAAUGCCCUUUGAAAGUGCUGUUGUGGUCGUAGAUUGUUUCUUCUAUGAAGGCAUCAAGGUGAUAUUCCAGCUAGCCCUUGCUGUUCUAGAGGCAAACGUGGACAAGCUUCUGAACUGUAAAGAUGAUGGCGAAGCAAUGACCGUUUUGGGCAGGUAUUUAGAUAGCGUGACUAAUAAAGACAGCACCUUGCCGCCAAUCCCGCACCUCCACUCACUCAUCACAGAUGAUUCUGAGCCCUACCCUGAGGUGGACAUCUUUAAACUGAUCAGCACUUCCUAUCAGAAAUUUGGAACAAUACGAGCCGACUUGAUAGAGCAGAUGAGAUUCAAACAAAGGCUUAAAGUGAUACAGACUCUUGAGGACACUACAAAAAGAAAUGUGGUCCGGACAAUUGUGACUGACACUGCAUUUACUAUCAAUGAACUGGAGGAACUGUAUGCUCUCUUUAAGGCAGAGCACCUAACGAGUUGUUACUGGGGAGGCAAUAGCACUGCAGUGGAGCGCCAUGAUCCCAGCCUACCAUACUUGGAACAGUAUCGCAUAGACUUCCAGCAAUUCAAGGGCAUGUUCUCCUUGCUCUUUCCAUGGGCGAGUGGAGCACACACCGAUGCGAUGGCCUUCCGGCUCUUUCGCCUGCUGGAUGAAAAUGGAGAUUGCUUAAUCAACUUUCGAGAAUUUGUCUCUGGCCUGAGUGCUGCAUGUCAUGGUGAUCUCCCAGAGAAAUUGAAGCUUCUGUACAGGAUGCAUACGUUGCCUGAUCCAUCUCCUGAUCAGGAAGAGCCUGACUCUGCGUUUGAGGCCACUCAGUACUUUUUUGAAGAUAUUACUCCAGAGUUCAGCCAAGUUAAGAAGAUGACAAGCCAGGACAGUCGUCUCUACCUUCGCAUGUGGGCACAAGAAAACAGAAGUAAACAAAAAGUUGACAAGGAACUUCCCAGGCUAAACCAGGGCCAGUUCAUUGAGUUGUGCAAGACACUGUAUAACAUGUUCAGCGAGGACCCAUGUGAACAAGAACUCUAUCAUGCCACGGCUGCAGUCACAAGCUUAUUGCUGGAGAUUGGUGAAGUGGGAAAGCUAUUCUCCAGCCACACAACAGAGGACAGUGCUAAUCAGAGCAGAACCCAAGAAACUAAGGGUUGCCAGGCAUACCAUUAUGAGCACGAGGGGCUCUUCUGUGACAGGCCUGUUUCCAGUGGCAGUAUUGGAGACCUCAACUCGGAUCAGAUGGAGGAAGUAAAACUGGAAGACUCGUCUCCCAGAGACAACGGGGCUUGCUCCUCCAUGCUUAUAUCAGAUGAUGACACUAAGGAUGACAGCUCUAUGUCUUCAUAUUCUGUGCUGAGUGCUGGAUCCCAUGAAGAUGACAAAUUGCAAUGUGAGGAUAUUGGUGAGGACACUGUUUUAGUGCGCACCCAACAGAAGUCUUCUUUGCCCAUCAGUACCAGUUUGGACAGGGACUGGGCUAUUACGUUUGAGCAGUUUCUUGCUUCUCUCUUAAUGGAGCCAGCACUUGUAAGAUACUUUGACAAGCCGGUGUCCAUGAUGGCUAAAAUCACCAAUGCAAAGAACGUCCGGAUGAUGGGAAAAGCUUUGCCAUCCUCAAGUGACUAUGAUAUUUCUAUUUCUGGAUGAGAGAUUCCGCGGUACAUUUCUGAGCAGGAGUAGAAGGGGUGGGCUCAAUGGGUACUUUUAUAUUUAUUCACAACGGAUGUGUCCUUAAAA